GCAGUUUCUUCAGGCUCUUGUUUUGUCAGUCCGUUUAGCCAGGCUAUCGAGCUGAAGGUGAAGACUGACUGUUUCACAUUGCAUGAGAAAGACAGCAUGCUACAUGAUGUCUCAGUCAACCCUGAGAGUUAUGGCAGAAAAUACGGGUCAAGAUUUGCUUCUGGGUAAGUCGUCUACAGCAUCUAUUCACCUAGAGCCUAUCUCUUUGUUUCUGUUGAAAGUGGAGAAUAUGUCCUCAAUGUUUUGACUGCAGCAGUGGUGGAUGCUAUGUUUCGUCCCUCUGCUGGUUGUCACAUGGUAUUGGUUUCCCUGCUACAGGAAUCUCUGUGUGAGGGGGAUGCGGAAGUCAAUUCUACCACAUGGUGGCACCAUCAAGCCUGUGCUCACUUCAACAUACAAUGAUUAACCUUAGUUUUGUUGGACUAUUCUUGGGUCUCUCCGUUACCAGGUUAUAGGUGCCUCUGACAGUUUCCUGUCUAAGGCUCUGAGGAAGGUGAUCCUCAAAGAUCAUCGCAGAAAUCUUGAUCUGGGAUAGUCACCAUGUGAAAUGUCCUGGGGGGAAGUAAGUAAACAAUAAUGUGGCUCUGGGCACUCCUUCCAAUCUGCUUGGCGGUGUUUGGCACUGUGGGAAUAUGGGUGGUGUUCGGUAUCGCUGUAUCAAAUGAGACUGUUAAUAUCACAGCGAGAUUCCCCUACAUCAGUGAAUGUGGCACCUAUGAUCCACAGAGCUGUAUCUUUUCCCAGGUCUGCAACAUCUGUGCUGUCUUGAUCCUGUGGGUUGUGGUGAUCCGGUUUCAGCAGGUCAGGGACUAUGGUCAGAACAGCAAGGUGAACAUCGCCAGUAUCGUACUGGGCUUCAUCUCAUCUCUGGGCAUCUCCAUCCUCGGCAGCUUUCGGCAAUCUGUGUUGUUUGGCAUCCAUGUGUUCGGGGCUUUUCUGGCCUUCUUUGUGGGCCUGGCCUACUUCUGGUUGCAGGUGUGGCUCACCUAUAAAGUCCAGCCCUCUAAAGGCCGUCGCUGGAUGGGGCCUCUCAGAGCUGCCCUCUGUAGUAUCUGCACCAUCUUGGUCAUCACCAUGGCCAUAGGUCUACUCUUUGAUACUGGCUACCGCUCAAUGGCGUCCAUUUCUGAGUGGGCUUUGGUCAUGUGCUUCUUUGUCCUAUUUGGCCUCUUUGCAUCCGAGUUCCGUCACAUCGACCAUCACCAGCUCACCGUGCAGAACCAAGGCCUCAGCAAGACCCAGAGCAUCAACAGUGGUGGGAUCAUAAUGUACAGUGGUACAGCCAACAGAACAGUAAUGUAAUAAUUACAUAACAUUUGAACAUUCAGCUCUGACUGAUGAAGCUCCACUUAAGUGUACAUAUUUGAAACCUAUUGUUGAAUAAAAUGCUACUCUUUUUCUUGAAUAAAAUACUACGGUCUUUGA